AUGACCACCUCCUGCUGCUCCCCUUGCUGCCAGCCCACCUGCUGCAGAACCACCUGCUGGAAGCCAGCCUGUGUGACCAGCUGCUGCCAGCCCAGCUGCUAUGAGUGCAUCUGCUGCACACCCUGCUGUCCCCCAAGUUGCUGCUGCACACCCUGCUGUGAACCCUGCUGCAGUGAGUCCAGUUGCUGUGACCAAAUCACCACAGUCAGAAGCUGCUGCCAACCCUGCUGCCAGCCAACCUGCUCUGAAACCACCUGCUGCAAACCAGCCUGUGUCAUCUGCUGCUGCUGCAUACCCUGCUAUCAUCCCUGCUGCAUCCCCUGCUGCUGCUGCAUACCCUGUUGUUGUAGCACAUCUUGUUGCCAACCCUGCUGCCAACCGACUUGCUGUGAAAUUACCUGCCACAAAACAACCAGCUGGAAACCUACCUGUGAGGUCACCUGCUGUAGCACACCCUGCUGUUGCUAA